GCAGAGACACAGUCGCUUGUAAGACAGCUGAAGACAAAGUCGUCUUAAGUGAGACGUUAAGGAUAUACACAACACACACACACCUCAAGCAUUUAUAGGAAGCAACAAAAGCCAUCGCAAUGAGAGCGUUUGCCUUGUUAACCGUUAUCGCUAUUGCCUGUUGCGGCACCGGCCUUGUUGCCGGCGACGGUCUACGUCUACCGGACCAGCAGUCGUCCAACAACAUACAGCAGAUCUAUGCACCGCAACCGCAGCAACAACAGCAGACGUUGCAGUUCCAGCAAUCGCCACAGCAACAGCAAGGUCAACCGGGAGUGGGAGAGGAGCGAGGACGAUCAUCUAUAUUGAGCAUCUUUGGGCUGGGCAACGACAAUGAUCCCUACUUGGCGCGCACCAACAGUAACUGCUUGGGCGGAGAUCUCUCCGAAUGCUUUAAGACACAGGCCCUCAAUACGUUCGAUGAAAUUUUCUAUAAGGAUCAGUAUCGUCUAUCGGACUUUGCUCGUGUUGUGCGUCUGCCCGAGACUCAACAGCGUUCGCUGCUGCAGGAGCCCUUCGAGUACUCCGAGGAGCCGCGUUCUGAGGACGAUGACUGGAAUUUGCUGGUGAAAUACGCCCUGCGUCGUGCCGAGCGCUUUAUCAAGUCCACUGCCUUGGAGGUGGAAUGGCCAGAGGAGCUGACUGAGGCUGGUCGCUAUGAGGCCCGCUUCAUUGGCAAUGACAUUGAUGAUGAACUGGAUGUCAUUGAGAACAAGCGUGCCGGACACUUCUCUCGCAAGAAGCUGAAGAAGAUGAUUAUUCCUCUGCUGCUGGUGCUGAAGAUCUUCAAGUUGAAGCUGCUGCUCUUCCUGCCCUUCAUUCUGGGCAUUGCUGGUCUAAAGAAGAUUCUCGGUCUGGCUGCCAUCAUUCUGCCCGGUCUCUUUGCUUACUUCAAGCUCUGCCGCCCGCCAGGCGGCGUGGGCGGUGCCUUUGGUGGGGGACUGUCUGGCCUCUUUGGCAACAAGAACACAUUCCCAGAAUACACGCCCCAAGGCGUAGGCGCUGCCACCUACUAUCAUCAUCACGAGCACUAUGAGGGCGGACAUGGCGGUCCCGGACCCUAUUACAACCAGGGCCCAUCGUUUGCCAAGCCGUACAGCGACUACUACAGCAAGAGCAAUGUGGGCCAGCCUCAGCCGCAAGUGGGUGGCAACUCUAUUAGCUUUGGCGAUGCCCAGGAAGCGGCAUACAAUGGUUACUAUGGCCGCAACACAGGCAAGGACAUUGCUGCCGCGCCUGCGACGGAGCAGAAGAGUUAAAUGAUGAUGGUCGUGGCAGGUCGAGACAGUUCGUGUCAGGCUCGCGCUUUUGUUAUUGCAUUCCUAUAAGCAUAUUUAUUACACUAACUGUAAAUAAAAGCUCAAUGUUAAGUUCAAAGCAAA